UGCGAAAACUACAAGUUGCGCUUGGUAUCCGCCCAGGCGCCUUGUUUGAUUUCCUCUUGUUUACCUCUUCAAGUACGCUUGUUUUCACGAUAUCAAUCUUCCAGCCUUGUGCUAUACACUCAUUAAACGAUUCUUGAUAACAUUCUUUGUGCUUUGCACCCUACAAUCUUUUUUUGCUCAACGCAACAAGAAUCUCUUAAGAUAUCUUGAGAAAUCACCACAGUUCUUUUCAAGCCACCCACAAUCACCAUCACAAUGCAGUUCUCCAGCAUCAUGAUUGCCGCCGCUGGCGCCUCGGUCGCCGCUGCUCAGGACUACGCUCCUCCUGCUCCUGUUCUGGAUACCACAACACUCACCUCGACCACUACCCGGGUUAUCACUCUUACUCAGUGCAACCCUACUGUGACCAACUGCCCCCUUCGUACCACAACCUCGACCGAGGUUGUCGUUACCACUUCGACUGCUGCGCCCGAGGUUCCUACCACCUCUGUCUACGUUCCCCCUACCACCAGCGUCUACGAGCCUGUUGUCAACACCACCAGCCACGAGCUUCCCACUAUCAUCAGCACUCCUACCAUCAGCACCACCAAGAAGGCUCCCUCUGCCAAGACCACCUUCUACCCUGCUGGCAACACUACCACCAAGGCUGGCCCUACUGCUCCUGGUUCUUACACCACCACCAAGCUCCCCGUCCCUGGCAGCAGCACUGAUGUUCCCGCCAACCCCGGAAAGCCUGGCUAUGAGGCCCCCAGCCCUUCCACCGUGCCUACCGCCGGUGCCAGUGGUCUCAUCGCCUCUUCAGGCUUCGUCGGCGCUGCCAUGGUCGCUGCCAUGGUUGCUCUCUUCUAGAUGCAUUAAACCACUUGGUUACACGAUCCAGCCUGUCCCUUGACAGACAUGAAUUAUUCUUCACUUCACUUAUGAUACCUUCUUGUUCUUCUUAGGGGAUGACCGUUUGGGGAUUUUUUAUAAAGGCGAGGUUCUAACCGCGAGGCAAUAUCUUUUUCGAGAUUGGCUACUGUGUAGCUGUUUGAUUUCUUGCAGGUCAUCGAUGAGGCGCAUGGAAUACCCAGCGCGGAGUUUUCUGAAUGCAUCAUGUGUCAGUCGCGUACACCUUGGUUUGUCUGCGUACGCAUAUGGUGUCUGGUUCUGGGCUUGGAGGCGGAAGCCUCGGAAUGUUGAGGAGUUUAGAAAAUUAUGUUCACAUCACAUUGAUAGAGUCAUUCAAAUCCAAUUCGACACGAAACGACA